AAUGGCACCAGGCUCGCAAGCCCCCUUCUCUCUCUUGUUCUGCAGUAAAAUAUUAACUCUUCAUUUUUUUCUCUCUGUUCAAGGCAUCUUUUCCUUAAAAAAUUAGCCACACAACUCUUAAGCAAAAUGAGGGGUUGGGGGAGAAGGUGCAGGGCAAUCUCUAUUCCUCACACUUUGAAGUAUUUGAAUAUUUUUCAAAUAAAAUGUAUGUCGAUUAGUAGGCAUGCACCAAACUAGGGAUGCCCCGAGCAGAUCUGUAUCGAGGCCGAUCAAGGCAUUUUUAAAAUUAAUUUAUAUCUACUCUCAAGCUUGAACCAUUUCUUAUCCUCUGUUUAUAUUUUAACCUUUCUCUCUAUGGAUACACCACUUGUCAAAAUUUCCCAGUGUUCAUGGUCCACACUAACAGCAUGCACCACUGAGAAAACAACUACAGCUAAAAACAGUCACUUUGUCUAUUUCAGAUGCAUUUUUCAGGUGUUACACGCCUCUAAAAGACUUGCAGUUGAAAAUGGUGUUUAAAGUAGGAUAUACUGUAUAACUGAUGUUAUGUACCAUGCAGCUAAGUUGCUGCAACAGAUCCACACUGACACUCCUCUGUCCGUUGAUAUUUUAUGCAACACUAUAGGAAACCAUUUAAUACCCUGCGCAUACACACAGGUGUUUUCAGUUACUGGCUGAUUAGACCGAUGUUUAGCUUCAAGUUGUGUGGGGCUAUGGUGGGAGUUUGCUGAGGUCACCAAACUCCAGGUCGAAGCAGCCGGCGCGAGUCGCUUGUUCAUAAAACAUCUAAUGAAAGUUGAGAGCACAUCCCACGGGACAACUGGCUGUGCUUGCUUACGUUUGGUUCAUGACUUAAAAAACAAGUACAGGAGUCAUUCCUGAUGAAUCUAAAGCUAUGUCGCUGCUGGCUCCAGCCAAUGCCGUGGCAGGAAUGAUGCCUGGUGGAGGCCUGCUUCCAACACCCAAUCCUCUGGCAUCUAUGGGAGGGACACCAUUUGGAGGUCUGGGAGCUCCCAACAUGGAGCAGAUGGCUGCCAUGGGAAUGCCGGGACCAAACAUGAACCCCCAAGCUCUGUCUGCAGACUUCCUGAAGCUCAUGCAGUCCAUGGACCCCAAAUUGAAUCCAUUAGCGGCUGGACUGAACUUGAAUCCAGGGCUCAAAACCGAUGCCUCCAAUAAAGAGAUUGAAGAGGCCAUGAAGAGAGUCCGAGAGGCCCAGUCGCUCAUUUCUGCAGCCAUUGAACCAGGAAAUAAGAAAGACGACAAGCGUAAACAUUCCCGAUCCCGUUCGCGUUCUCGGCGCAGACGGUCCAGAUCCCGCUCAAGACACAGACGUUCGAAGAGCAGGUCUCGGCGGCGGUCCCAUUCGAGGAGUAGGAGGAGGUCAAAGAGCCCACGAAGGAGGAGGUCCCACUCCCGGGAUAGAAGCCGCCGCAGUAGAUCGAGGGACAGGAGAAAGGAAGAAAAGUCUAAGAAAAGGUCCAAGACGCCCCCCAAGAGCUACAGCAGCGCCAGGAGGUCUCGAAGCAUCAGUCGGAGGCAUAGGCGUAGCCGCAGUGCGUCUCGGUCCCCCAGGAGGAGGCUGUCCAGGUCUCCAUCACUGAGGCGUCACAAGAAAGAGAAGAAGAAGGAUAAGGAUCGUGAGAAGGAGCGGGAUAGAGACAGGAGGGAGGACAGGGACCGGAGUAGAGAUGAAAGAGAACGCUCCACCAGUAAGAAAAAGAAGAGUAAGGACAAGGAGCGAGAUCGAGACCGCAAGUCUGAUAGUGAGAAAGGAGACGUUAAGGUGACUCGGGAUUAUGAUGAGGAGGAACAAGGUUAUGACAGUGAAAAGGAAGGAGAGGAGGAUGAUGACGAGAGGAAGAGCGACUCUGGCUCUGCCUCUUCCCCCAAAGGCCAGGAGGAGAUGGAGAGAUCCGAGGGCCAAAUUCCCAAAAAGUCCAAGCUAAAUGGAGAUGAUCACCAUCAGGAAGACAUGGAAAUGAGCGAUUAAGAACAGCCCCGAGCCUGAACCAGACCGUGUUAUCUUUCCAAUGUCCUUUUAUAUUUUUAACAUGGGCCACAACAUGUCUGUGCCUGAUCACUCAAGUUAAAAAGAUUUGUUGUCUUAACUGUAGAAGCCUUGGCGAGAGGAGAGGGUGUAGAAGGAAAGGAGUCAAAUAAUUUUCGUAAAAACACGAGUAAACAGGGACUAAAAUAUGAAUAACAUGAGACAUGGUUUUAAACUGUCAUUGCUGUAAUUUUUUAAGAUCCUGUCGGUUUUUCUUUUUUUUGCCUUUGUGUUCAAACAUUGUCUUCCUGACAGUAGAAUACACAGCACUUGCUACCAAAAUGCUGUGUUCGUAAAUAUUUUACAAGUCAGGAUUGAAUCCUUUCCUCAGUCAGACUGUUAGUCACUCACCACCCAGCAACAGCUUCAUGUUUUUCUUUUGGUUGCUGAACCAUUUUUGCUUAAACUGUAAUGCACCCAGUCGUGUUUCAGCUGACCUUCCUAUUUACAGCCCUUUGUAAGUGUACACUGUAGAUUGAAAUGUGUUGCAAUGAAAUAAUUUGUCUUCAAUAGGUUUUCCAAAGGAAACUAAUAAAAUUGGGUCAAACUGCC